GAUCGCUGUGUUACGAGUCUUUUAUUUAAUUUGCACCGUAAUGUUUCGUGAACGAAGGCAGCCAUGAAUUCAUCGUUUCUCCGGACGUCGUUUAUAAUUAAGGUUUAUCACAAAUUUUGAUUGCUGGUCUGCGGAGAACAGAUUAAGCGCUCUCGGUUACGAAACGUAGUGAUAAUGAACGGGUUGAUGGAUUGCAUAAAAGCAGGUUGACUGACUUAUCAGCUGUAAACUGAUGUAAUCGAAAGCGAUUUUUGUAAUCUUCGGAAACGUUUGCGUUGAAGAAUUAGCUAUAUUUGCACGAAAAAACUGGAAAACGGUUCUCGCUCUCUUUUGUUUGUACGGAAUAACAGUAAUAUAGGAAAUACUUGACUGUAUUAAAGCUCGAAGCGGAUAUGUACGCGGUCGGAUUACUUUUGUUGACCGGUUCGGUUGUCGUAUACGGUUUGAACAAAGGAGAAGGGUGCUUUUCGACAAAACAGUGCGGCGACGUUGGUCUGACAUGCACUGGCGCAAGAUGCUUUUGCUUAGUGGAUAUUAGCCAAGAAAUGACUAAGGAGAAUUGGGCGUGCAAUAAACCGGAAGACUGUCUGAAAAUUGCCGGGAAAGCAAUGAGCCAUGCCCCAGACGAUUUGGUCGGUACUGCUCCAAAGUGUACACCUUCGCAGCAAUGCCCACAACCGGAUGGUUUUACGGGAUAUUGUGAUAUUGCAAUGGCUGCAUAGUUCACAGGUGACUUUUAUCAUAGUAAUAUUGAACUAAAACGGAAUUGUUUUGGUGUGUGCUUUUCGCUUGUUUGGCAAAAUUUGUUUCAAAAGAAUGGUGACGCUUCUUAGUAUUUGAUGCCGCUAGUACGGACUCUGUACAUUUUCUAACUUUUGGUGUGCUGUAAUCAUUGCUUUGUGCCAGUUUUGUAAACCGUAUUAAAAAGCCCGGAAAUUACUUCACGCUACCAAGCAACACAGUACAUAAUCAUCAGUCUUGGACUCUUGAAUGCUGUACCACUUUGAUUUCGAAACAACAACUCUUUAAAUGUAGGAGGAAGGUUUGUUUUGUUUUUAACAGAAACGUUUACGCAGUAUUCUUGCAACAGCUGCAUGAUUCAAAUUUAAGCAAAAUGCCCGCGGACACCCGACCGAAACCAUAUCCAUCGACAGGCGUGCUGUCGCCGCCCCCCAUGAUUCCUGCGCACAAUUUGCAACUAACGGAUGUCAUUCCUCCGGAGGCCACCUCACUCGAUCCCUGUAUUGAUCCAUGCGAAGCGGACGAUUUCCGUCAAGAACUGCAAAAACAGGCACGGGAAGCACAAAAACAGAACCGUCAACGUCGCCGUUGCAAAGAGACAGAAAACCGUUUCUUACAACCGCGUACCGAUUUGUGGACCUGUGUUAACGUUAAGCAGAACAACUGUGGUGUUGACCCCUUUAGUCGUUCCAUAUCAUCAGCCAGUCAUUCGCCGUCACCCACCGGCCUGGAGGGUCUAACGGACAGAGACGGUUGUCGUUUGCGUACAAACAACAUUGAUGCCAUCUCUACAGCAACGGGAGUGGAACCGUGUUUGGUGGGGUUACGGCAGGUCAGUAUGAAAAUGACAGAAACCCACAAAGACUGUAGCAAACGAGAUUGUGAUUCGAAACGGAAUCCACCGUACGAGAACUCUUCACGGCGCACUGAUGACUCUUUUCAAACGAGUACGACAUUCAGCAGAUCGGAACGCGGUGGCCGAUCGCGUCAGAGCGAUAAUGUUUCACUGGCGACCACCGAUACACAGAAACUGUUGGCUAUGUUGAAAGAAGAUGACGGACUGGAAGGUCUCAGCAUAACCUCAACAUUGUGCAAUUCUCUCGACCAGGACACGCCCUGUGAAUCGGUUUUCGACGGACCAUCGCGGACGAGAUUAACCAAACGCGGAGUGUCAAUUAAGGUGGUAAAAAAGAAACCUAGCCCGACCCAUUUGUCGCGAACAGAGCGUAAAUAUGGCACACCGUGUGGACUGCCGCCAGCCCCAGUGCCGUGUUCAGGACCUGAACCUAAUGCCGAUUCACGACCAGACCUGGGCAGCCUUGUUUGGGAGAAAACGAUAUGCAAGAAAAAUGCGGAAAAGCCGCGUGGACCAUUGGGACGGUCGUGCAAGCGGACAGGAUACUUAGAAGAUCACAACGCGGACUGUCUUCCACCGGUUGCACAUCUGGCGCAUCUCGGACCGCCUAGUCGAACCUGUUGCAUUCCCAACAGUGAUCCGUGUGCACCACCUGAUCCAGCCGUUGAAUGUGGGCAGGGAAAGCAAAGCAAGCCGUGGAAAAGCGUGGAUACUCAAAACACGCAAGGCAGACUGAAUACUGCUGUUCGCGAUGGACAGCGUCCUAUGACGGCUGGUGGGCGGGGACAGAAACAGGGUAGCAGGAAUUGCGGUCCUUGUGGCCCACCGGUGGACCCGUGCGACAUAAUAGCAUGGCAAGGAGGCCACAAAGGUCAUGGUAACGAAGAACCCAUGAGACUGGCCGCUAGUGUGUUCGAACAGGAUAUGAACCAACCACAAAAUGUCGCAUGCAGGCCGGCGCAGAUGGUUACCAUCACGAAAACAGCCGGGGACCCGGCAUUGAUUAAAAAGGCAGCUUGUGGAUCGGCCAAGGGCGGAAAAGACUGCUCGGCUCCUAGUCAAAUGGAUGCAGAAGAACUAAUGUCACUUGAGGAAGACUUGAACGAUGAAGAGCAGCUUCAAGACUCAAAAAAACUGGCGAUUUAUUUGAGCGCGGAUUUAAAAGACCAGUUCUUUACGGAUGUUACCGUAACCUCAAGAGAUCAUAUAUACAAGAUCCACAAAGAAUAUCUUUUAGCUUUCACGAAUUAUGAUAUACCAGUGAUCGAAGGACAGCCUCUUCGAGAUCAACCGUCUCUAGAUUUGUGCGAAAUAGAUGGAUCAGAUGUAGCCGCAGUCUUACACUUCCUUUAUUAUGGAGAACUGAAAGCGAACAUAUACAAUAUUUUGGGUAUCAUGGCUGCUGCUAAUGCACUGGGCGUUGUGGAUGUACCGGUUGUCCUGAAGGAAUACCACGAUAAGCUGUUUGCUCCACCGAAUCAAACUAAUGUUAUUGACUUUGCUUUGUGCAAACAAAUGGGCUGCCUGGCAGAUUAUACUUGGAAAUUGUUUGUGGCAAACUUCUCUGAACAUGUCAACGGGUGCCACUUCCUGAACUGGGAAGUCCGUUGGGUGCUGAACCUAUUGUCACAUGAGGACAUUCCUAUUAUGACGGAACUGGAAGUUUUUGAAGCCGCUCGGUUGUGGAUAAAUUAUCGCCCCGAAGACCGUUUAGAUCAUAUUCGAGCGGUUUUAAAUUGUGUCAGAUGGACAUAUAUGACAGCUGAGGAGAUGGUUUGUUGUGAACGAGAAGAUCCCUGUCUGAUGAACAGAUCCGAAGCCCAUGAAUUGGUUGCUGACGCUAAUUGGUAUAAGGUUAUGAUACAGAAGGGCAAAAAAUGGCACGAAUUCGACAUCAAACCACCACGUGGCGCCUACGCUAGUAAACAUCCCGUGGUGGUUCCACCCCGGCCCACAGCCGGCUGCCGCGUGGACUCAGCAGGGGGAGGCGAUGGAAAAUGUGGCCCGAAGGUGGCCUAUGGAUGCAAAUCUGCUUGCCCCAAGUCAGCUGAUCAGCCUAAGAAAAACAAAUGUGCGCCCGCUAAAGAGAAAGAUGCAUGUGCCAGUCGCUAUCCACCCAAGAAAGAGGAGAGUGAUGCAUGCGGAAAGAUUGACAAACUGAAGGAAGAUCUUGCAAGGCUACCUAUACCACCGGAAAGCGAUUUAUUUAGCACAAUUUCUUACUGCAGUUUAGAAAUGGAUAUUCGUACUGCUGCUUGUACUGAUCCGAGUUGUAAAGAGGAUAUAAUGAGAUUUUAAUGGCAUUUUUUAAGUCUGUGAUUGCACUAAAUUUUAAAUUUUA